AUGAUGGUGUUCUGUUCGCUAGUCGAGUAUGCGGCGGUGGGCUACAUCAAUAAGCGAAUGAAAUUGCAAGAGAAAAAGAAGGAAGACAAAGCUACCGUUGGGGUAACAUCACCAGUUGAACCGCCGCCGUCACGAACCGUCUCCAUGCCGGCCUAUUUCAAUCGAGGCUAUCGGCCAUUUUACUCGUCAACGGAUACUAACUCGAAUCUGUACAUUCCCGAAGGACAACGACCUCCACUUACUCUGCAGGAGUUGGACUGCCAAUGUCCUUUACCGCCCACAGAAGAAUCAUGCCUAAGUCGCGGUUCGGGAACCUCAACGUUGACGAUGCUGAAACCGAUACGGGCACGUCGACGGUUCACAUGGAAGUGCCUUCUUCGACCAUCGAACAUAGACAAAUAUUCUCGGGAAUACCCAUAUAGACCUGGUGUAACUGUCACACAUUCUAUGACACUAAGCACUAAACUAACAUUUCUUUUUGAGAUUUCCUCGGAGGAAAUCGAUAAAUCGAUAUUUCCUCGAGCUUAUCUAUAUAUUUCAGAUGGUUAUACAAUGGCUGAUAUUGACUACUUCUGGGGACGACAACGAUCUGAUCCACGGCAAAGUGCGGUCGUAUUCGGCAAUUUUAUGCUACCACAAUUCAAGCAGACUUGUUAUCAUGUAAAUUACACACAAGCAACCACAUCAUCAGGGUCGUAUAGGCGUUUAUACUUUGAAAUUCUUCUCGUCAGAAAUAUGGGUUUCUAUUCAAUGAAUAUUGUCAUUCCUUCUAUGCUCAUCGUUACUAUUUCAUGGGUAUCUUUUUGGUUGAAUCGGGAAGCGUCACCGGCUCGUGUCGGCCUUGGUGUCACCACUGUGCUCACAAUGACCACUCUCAUCACCACAACUAAUAACUCCAUGCCAAAAGUCAGCUACAUCAAAGGAUUGGAUGUCUUUCUGAAUUUUUGUUUCGUGAUGGUUUUCGCCUCAUUGGUCGAAUAUGCUGUCGUAUCGUAUAUGAACAAACGAAUUGCUCUUCGACGAGAAAAACGACGGCGUCAAGCCGAACAACAACAACGAAAUGAAGUGCCGAUGUUUAGCAAUCCUGUUACACCUAAACAACCCAACAACAACGUAAGCCUUAUCCUGGCUUUCAUUUUUAAUGCUUUCCAAGUCUACGAGAUGGCGAUGAUAUCGCAGAAUUCGACACCGGCGAAGACUUUCGUUCCGCAUAGUCAGUUGAUGGAGAUUCCUGUGGAUUGCGAUUGUCGAACGAUUCCGCUUAUACAACAUCCUCGACUUGUCGCAGAUGGUACACACACAAUGUGGCCGGCACCGUUUGGAAAACCGAAAAAGGCUUCCAAAACUUGUCGGAAUGUGACGCCAGCAAAAAUCGACAAGUGCAGUCGAUACCUCUUUCCAUUGCUCUUCUCCGCAUUCAACGAUGGUUAUUCCACGGCAGCCAUUGAGUAUCAUUGGUGUGGAGCAGCAAAUCCAAACUGUGAAACGGCAGUGGUCGCCGAUGAUGUCGAACUGCCUUCGUACCGGUUCGCCAAGGUAUGCAUCGACAGGACCAUGGCCACCACCGCUUCAGGCUCCUAUUCCCGACUCCUGCUCCUUUUUAUUUUCGAUCGAGAAAGUGGCUUCUAUAUGCUGCAGAUUUUUGUACCGGCUGCGCUAGUCGUGGUUAUUUCAUGGGUCUCCUUUUGGAUUUCACGUGAUUCGGCUCCGUCAAGGACGAUCAUCGGUGUGAUGACCGUGCUCACAGAGACACAUCUAAUGACUGGAACGAAUCGACGAUUACCACCGGUGGCCUAUGUGAAAGCUGUCGAUGUUUACCUGGGUUUCUGCUAUCUACUGGUCGUACUAGCACUGAUCGAAUAUGCCUGUGUAGCCUACUCUAAGAAAAAGAAUGAUGAUCGACGCCGGCGAGAGAAAAAAAGCGAGCACAAACCGACUCCGCCAACUCCUGACUUAUUGAACGAUGCUCGUCUGGCUGAAUGCACGUGCAACGCAGCACCUACGUCGAUCAUUGCCGUCAUCAAGCAGCCAAAUCGCUUCUGUAUCCGCCAUUCACAUAUCGACAUCGCCAGCCGUGUCGUCUUCCCGUGUACUGUACGUUCGUUUCAAGAACCUUGCAUAAUACAACUAUUUAGGUCAUAUAAAGCAAGACCUCGCACUAGAGGGGGAGGGCCAUGA